AUGAAUCGUCGGUCAAAGAGGCCGUGGCAGGGAGAUGCUGACGCCGAUGAGUCCCUACUGGGGACCAGGCCACGGCUUUACUCGCCAGUAGAACGCCUGAUUCUUCAGCAAGCCGCGUCUAUCUUACAGAUUUCCAAUCCAUUUCAAGAUGGGGGUAGAAGUUUAACAUCGCGCCUUGGGUCUGUUUCCGAUAUUGGAAAACCACAACAUCAUGAAUCCAUGUCUCGCUCCGACAGCUCUGGCGCUGGUCCAUCUCUCCCACGAUGUAGCACACAAACGCAAGGCUGGGAUUUUGAACCGAUUUUGGGUACGCCAACACCUGUGACUGAGCAGGACAGAGUCAGCAGCAUUCGGCAAGAUACUGCCAUGUCAACUGGUGAACUUCAAGGAUUGUUUCAUUAUCAAAUACCGGAGGCCUUCAUCGAAGACUUGGCUUCCUCCUCUCAGCCAGUACCACGGGGCUUUCCCCAGAUGGGACUCUUACCCUCGGUCGCCAAUGAGCCAAGAUAUGGACAACCUCUCAAAGGAACUCCGCAUUCUUCAGGUAAUGCUGGCACUCCGUCAGCCUUCAUUACAUUGCAACCAGACAAUAUUACAUUCAGCAAUGAGAUCCAAGACCCAGCAUUGCUGAGUGAGGUUUCACUAGAGGAUGAAACCGCUUCGCUCAUUCAACCAUAUUCAGAUGGAAGUUCACUCGAAAUUGACCAACUCUUGGCAUCCGAUCCUGUAUUUCACCCGUCUCAUACCGCGCUGCCAUCUACAAAACUUGAGAUUUUGGGCAACGGCAACUUGCCUGGAUCAGCAGAAUUUUCCGCUGAUAUCGACGAGUUCAAUACUUUAGAGUUUUUGUUUCAGUCUUCUGACCAACUAGGCGACUUUGACAGUACAUACACCGAAUCACUUGUCGACACGAACCAGUUCAUAGGUGACAUCUGGCCAAGAGCUAUCACAACUACGCAUGUGCCGCCUCACCCCAAAGAGCUUACUAUACGGAAAGCAGCCAGUGGGCCAACCCAGUUGUCUUCAACUGGAGACAUAGGCCAAAGGAGGCCUUCUUAUGAAUUGUUUAACAAGCUUUCUGCAGAAACACAACACUCAUCGCGAGAUAUAAGUUCAAGCAAUCCAAAUAGGGUCGUUUCCAUCGACAAAUCCAGCCAAGAUACCGACCCAGAUAGUUUAGAAGUAGUUAAAAGAUCAAAAACAACUUCUACCUCUCCCGAAGCGGAGGGUGACAAUCCCUUCGACGAGUCUUCAGCAAACAGUGAUGGCCCCAAGAUUGUGGUGUUUUAUGCGGGCACGACAGACAACACAAAGAACAUUCCAAAAGUCAGACAACCCUUCAAAAGCAUGGCUAAGCGGAAGGAAACUGCGGAAACGCGCAAGACUGGUGCAUGCGUGCGAUGCCGCCUGCAACGUGUUCGAUGUUCUCCAGUACAAGAAAAUGAGGAUGGUCCUUGUGCAAGAUGUGCAAGGAUAUCAGGUCCUACGUUAUGUAAAUUGCCUUGUUUUCGCUCCAACAUCACUGAGUCGGAGCUUUUCGACAAAGGUGCCCACCCACAAUACCGCUGGAGCAAAAGAUGGAGCAGCUGGGAAAUGACUGAAAUCACAGCAUGGGCCUCGGAAGAAAUCAGGACAAUCAGAGUCACUCAAGAUGUUUUUGGGGGUUCAACAAUUGACAUCAGAUGCCGCAAGUUCAUUCCCGUCGAUGGAGACUCGCUAUCACGGACAUGGAAGAAGAAUGGUGAACUCAUUAAGUAUUACAGAGGACCAUAUGCGAUUUACAACAUGAAAGAGACUGGGAAAGCUUUCAAAAAGUUUGUUGCUCAAAACAUCGGCACGAGUAUUCGUCACUACAUUAUGACGAAGAAGGACAAGCUACUAUCCUCCACAUAUUCCAUGGCUUAUAAGAUGGUAUUCCAGCCAAAAGAUCUUCCAGAUGAUCCGGAAGGUAGACGCAUGCUACAAGAUCUUUUCCAGCUCUGGGUCGCUAUUCGUAUGGAAUCACAAUCCGAGCGAAUCAUCGGAGACGAAACUCUAGGCAUGGAUCCACAGACAUUAGACGAGGACGUCGGUAGCUAUGGGACAGUUUCGAUUACGCCCAUGAUGAGCGCACAGGUCGAACUUAUAACCACGACGCAGAUUCUGCUCCCGCUGAAAGCUGCCGUCUUGAAACGCCUCCAACAACUCAUCAAAGCAAACGACCCACGUUCAUGGUUCUCGAUCUACCUCAGCUUGUUCAUUUUGCUUCACAACUGCUCCAUCCUUACAGCAGAUGAGAACAAGCAAGCAAAGAAAUAUGGUCUUCAGACUCGUUACGUGUACGACAAAUUCGUCGAAGCGCUUCAUAACGGAGCUAAGACGAUGCUCUACUACUUUCAUUACUGCAAUAAGGGAAGCUCGCCCUUCACACCGGGAUGGAUCACGCCAGAAAACCUGCGCAUGGUCCAACUCAACCAUUCACAAGAGCGGUUCAUUCGAGAGUCCACCGAAAUGAUACAUCAAAGACUUCCCGAGUUUCGGAGGAUAAGGGAGGCAAAAGAUUUCGAAAAUGACUGGUAUUUCGUGUCGCAGCUCUAUGAUACGCGUUGGGGGCCAACUACGACAAUAUAG